GAGUCUCUUCCCACCAACCCGUGUGCUACAAUACCACAUACCGUGCAUAUCGUCGGACUUUCCGUCGCACACGAGAACCUUCCCGUCUGUUACUCGCUGCUGUUCGACGCGGAUCAAAAAUUGUCAUCUUGGGCCUCGUCAGCUCUACCGCACCAUGAACGGCAUGGAGACCUAUCAUGGUCAUGUGCGAGCUCCAGCAGACGCCAUCAUCUUGUUUGAGGCGUGUCGCAUCGGACUGCUCCCACGUGUGCAGCGACGUCUGUCCGAAAAGGAGCGGCAAUCUAUCAAGUCCGGCUCUGUCUUUGUAUGGGACGAGCGUGAAGCUGGCAUGCGACGAUGGACGGACGGAAAGUCCUGGUCCGCGAGUCGCGUUUCGGGAAGUUUUCUCACCUAUCGCGAAAUGGAAGGCAAACGUGGCGGCUCGAGCUUCGACAAGAAUGCCAAUCGCGACGGCAUGAUGGGCCCGGAAAACGACUCCGAUGGCGGGCCAGACGGGUAUCGCUACAAGCCCGAUGGUCUGAUGAAGCAGUCGUUCAGCAUUACCACCAAUCAAGGUCAACAUCUGCACUUGAUCAGCUAUUUCUCUCGAUCGUCGACCGCUGCGAAUGGUCUGAUGGCGCCCUCCAACGAUCCGCAGCUCAGGCACAUUCGACCGGAGAAGGGCAUGUAUCCAGAUUCGACCGUGCACGAGCAAAGCAACAUUCCCGCUGUAACUCGAGGACCUAUGGGCUAUCCAGGCUACACGCAUUCACCCACUCAGUAUGGUCGGCCGUACUAUGCGCACCCAGGUUGGGCGCCACCCAGCCCGAUGCAUACUCCGCCACCGCCUCCUGCCUACUCGCCAUACUAUCACCACCCGCAUGGUCCAUAUGCACAUGGCAUGCAUUACCCACCGCCGCCGACUUCGUAUGGCGGACCACCUGCCAUGACGGCUUUUGAUAGGCCACCGCCGCCACUGAGCAACAGCGGUCUUCCUCCGCCACCAUCAGCUCCUUAUGGGCAAUCGCAUAGCAGCUAUGGGCACAGCUAUCCACCUCCACCCGCCACUUACCACUCGGCGCAUUCUUCGUACCAGCCACCUCCACUUCAGGCUCCGCCCUACCCCUCUACUCCCUCGUAUGGCCAGCAAUCGCAGCAGCAGGCAGAACCACAAACGCAACAACCCACACCUGCAGCAUCUGAUUCUGCGCAGAUCGCGGAUAGCCAACAUUCAUCAUCGUCGGAUCUGAAGUCGCCGUCAGAGCCCCAAGCUUCCGCAGGCGCAUCGCCACCCGUCGUAUCCUCUGGACAAACCAUUCCCAGCAUAUCAGCGAUGCUCAACGAAGGCGGUCCGCCCCCGGUUCGUGCCAGCAGCAGAAGCCCGGGCACUGCCGCUCGCGCCGCUCUGCAUGACAUUCCCACAUCCAAGCUGGGGUUUGAGGCUAGCCGCGAUAUGCAAACGAUUCGCACUCUGGACAAGACUACACUGAAGCAUAACUUCUCAUAACCUGCGGGGAAUCGGGAAGCAACCGCUAGAGGCAUAGCUCGGUAGACUUUUGGAUAUUUUCAGUGCUCAAUUAGCGAUGGCGCUGGAGGUGUUGUUACGAAUUCAUGGGUUGGAUAUGAGCGAAGGGAGUUGCCAAGUUGAGCCUGCCGGCCAUAUUGCCGCCAUAACGACCAUAUACUGUGAAUCUAUCCCAUCAACGA